UGGAGUGAAGAGAUAGCGUUUUGCCUGUGUGACGUUUACCUGAGUUAGUAAACCAAACCAAAGCAAGUCAACUCAAGGACAAAGACGCCUUCAAAACUACGGCACAAACUCAAAGCUUGAUUAUAUUCGAAAGCCGCCAUGUUGGAGGACAAGAAGACCAAGGUGAAGAUAACCUUUCUGGUUAUCCUGGUGGGCAUUUCGUCCAUGCUGGCGGCGGUGGUGACGGAUCAUUGGGCGGUUUUGAGUCCCAGGGUGGAGCGUCUCAAUACUACCUGUGAAGCGGCUCACUUUGGACUCUGGAGGCUUUGUAAAAAGAGUAUUUUCAUUGUGGAGGAAGACCCUCAGGGCAAAGGCUGUGGCCCUAUCAGCCUGCCAGGAGUCAAGAACUGCUCCUACUUCAAGCACUUCACAUCAGGGGAAGAGGCUGAAGUUUUUGAAGUCAAGACUCAGAAAGAGUACAACAUCUCAGCUGCUGCUAUCGCCAUCUUCAGCUUGGCCUUCAUGACUCUGGGCAGCCUCUGCCUGCUGGGAGCCUUUGGGAAGGGCAGAGAUUACUUGUUGAGACCUGCCGGCAUGUUCUUCGCUUUUGCAGGUCUGUGUAUUGUCAUCUCGGUGGAGGUCAUGAGGCAGUCGGUCAAACGCAUGAUUGACAGCGACGAGACCAUAUGGAUCGAGUACUACUAUUCCUGGUCCUUCGCCUGUGCCUGUGCUGCCUUCACCCUCCUCUUCCUUAGCGGCAUCACUCUACUCAUCAUCUCCAUGCCACACAUGCCCAGAAACCCCUGGGAGACCUGCAUGGACGCCGAGCCCGAGCCCAUAGACUAGCGGAACAUCUCGACCAGAGGAACAGACAAAAAAUAUGGUCAAAUAUGCUGUUAUUACUGAGGUUUUUGUCUUGUUUCUUGUCCAAAGUCUUAAAUCAAGAAGCAUUUGCUAGACACGCACAAAAUAUUGUCUUGUUUUCAGAAAUAAUGCGUCAAAAUUAAGUGAGUUUUUGUUUAAAACAAGCAAAAUAAUCUGCCAAUGGGGUAAGCGAAAAUAAAAAUAAAAAAACAUUAAAAUUGCAAAUCGAUUUGAUGUAGAUGAAAUCUUGACGUCUAUUAGACAUCCACAUAUUGAUGCUCUUUUGACCACCAAAAUAAU